GAAGACCGUGAUAAUCUGUGCGAAUGUUGCGCUUGAGGAAACGGUCGCUUGGAGGUGAAGCCAGCGAAGGAAUGCCAAGGCAGCCGAUCACUACCACCUACAGAGCACUUGUGCUACAGCACUUGCUAACAGCUAACAGAAAGGUGGAGUGGGAGAGGGGAACCUUCAUCAGCAAUGCCACAUAGCACGGUAGCACACACGCGUCGGCAUUCAUCGCAUCUGGUUCAUUCUUCACUCAAUUCCGAAACGACUCACUCUGUCCACGAUUGACAUACUCACGCUCUCACUACACCUCAACCAGAUCAAACGAUCAAGAAGUGCAAAAUGGACAAAAACAACCACAUCACCAAAACCCAAACCACCACCUCCUCACCCCCUCCCACCGACCUCGAAAAACACUCCCACGAAACCAAAAACAUCGGCCACCUCAACCGCAACCUCAAAAGCCGCCACAUCCAAUUCCUCGCCCUCUCCGGCGCAAUAGGAACAGGCCUCUUCAUCGGUUCCGGCCAAAUCCUCUCCCUCUCCGGGCCCCUAUCCGCCUUCCUCGCCUACACAAUCACAGGCUUCAACCUCUUCUGCGUCAUAAACUCCCUCGGCGAAAUGGCAACCUACCUCCCCAUCCCCGGCGCAGUACCCAUCUACGCCGCACGUUUCGUCGAUCCGGCUUUAGGGUUCGUGUUAGGUUGGAAUUAUUAUUAUCAGCUCGCGAUUGGAGUUCCGAUUGAGACGACUGUGUCGGCGAUUAUUAUUGGGUUUUGGCCGAAUGGGGUUUCCACGGGGGUUUGGAUUACGGUGCUGACAGUUCCGAUGGUUGUGGUGAAUUGUUUGCCUGUGGGGUUUUAUGGGGAGGUGGAGUUUGUUUUUGGGGCGGUUAAGUUGAUUACUAUUGUGGGGUUGAUUGUUUUGAUGUUGGUUAUUGAUCUUGGAGGAGCGCCGAGUGGGGAUCGGAUUGGGUUUCGGUAUUGGAUUGAUCCUGGGCCGAUGAAUACUUAUCUCCAGCCUGGGGCGUUGGGCAGAUUCUUGGCGUUCUGGAAGGUCUUCAUUCAGGCGACUUUUGCCUAUGGUGGUAGCGAGAUGUGUGUCAUUGCAGCAGGAGAAACACAAGAUCCACGCCGCAACAUCCCCAAAGCAGUCCGCCGCGUCUUCUGGCGUAUCCUAAUCUUCUAUAUCCUCGCCAUCUUCCUCGUCGGCCUCUGCGUCUCCUCCUCCGAUCCCCGCCUCCUCAACGCGAUCGAUUCCAGCGCCCCAGGAGCCGCCGCAUCCCCCUUCGUCAUCGCAAUCGUCAAUCGAGGCAUCCCCGUCCUUCCUCACAUUCUCAACGCCGUAAUCCUCUCCUCCGCCUGGUCCGCCGGCAACGCCUUCUACUACAGCAGCACCCGUGUCCUCUACGCCUCCGCUCUAGACGGCAAAGCCCCCAAAUUCCUCCGCUACGAGAAAUUCGGCGUCCCAUACGCUUGUGUUGCGGCAACAGCUCUCAUCAGCCUUCUGGCUUACUUGAACGUCUCGAAUGCUUCGGCUCAGGUCUUCUUCUGGUUUAGUAACAUUUCUGCCGUUUCGACAUUGAUCGUCUGGUGUAGUAUCUGCAUCACAUAUCUUCGAUUCUAUGCUGGAUUACGACAUAACGGAAUCUCGAGGAAUGAUUUACCUUGGAAAGCGCCUUUUCAGCCUUUCUUGGCUUGGUUUGGGAUUUGCUUUUGUAGUGUUGUGGCACUAUUCAAUGGGUAUGAUGCUUUCUUUCCUGGGAGAUUCAGCGCGAAGAGUUUUGUGCCGCCGUAUAUUAAUAUUCCUAUCUGCCUGCGAAGUCCUAUUGCACNNNCGGUCGUAGGUAGAAACAGAUAG